UGACAGAAUUGACUAGCUGCCAUCUUUCCCCAUCUUUUGCCUCCUCACCUACACCUGCUCAUCGCCGCCUUACCACUGCUGCAGCCGUAGCAGCAGCAGUAGAAGCAGCAGCAGCACCAGAAGGAGCAGCAGACUCAGCAGCAGCAGCAGCAGCAGCACCAGAAGGAGCAGCAGACUCAGCAGCAGCAGCAGCAGCAGUAGCAGCAGCAGCAGCAGCAGCAGCUGAAGGAGCAGCAGCAGCAGCAGCAGCAACAGCGGCAGCAGCAGCAGUGGCAGCAGCAGCAGCGGCAGCAGCAGCAACAGCAACUGCAGCAGCAGCAGCAGCAGCAGCAGCAGUAUCUACAGCCAUCCCCAUCCUCCCCUCCUCUUUGAGCCGCCGCGGGUCCACCCGCCGCCGCUCCCUCCCGGCCACCGCGGGUCCACCCGCCGUCGCCUUCCUCCCACUCCGUUCACACAGCCGCGUCGUGGCGGGCGCCCACGUGGCGGCCGCACCAACCCUCAGGGAGGGGGUGGAGGUGGCGGUUGUGGGGGCAGCGGAGCCGGCGGCGGUGGUGGCGGGGUCGAGGGUGGCAGCAGUGGUGGUGGUGGAGGCAGUGGUGGCUCAUCUGGUAGCCAUGUGAUUUCCAGUACCCCGUGUCUUCAG